GGAGCGGGUGCCGCGGCGCGAUCUCCCGAUGUAUCCGCGGCACGUUGCUCGCGAGCGCGGGAGUGGCAUCCCGCCCGGUGUUCCGCGUUCUGCUCCGCCACGCUUAUCGCUCGCAGUUUACCUUAUCUUCGCCCGAUUUGUCUCGCAUUGUUGUCCGCGCCUCGCUCCGAUCCGCCCGAACGGGCGCCGCUCGCUCCUCCGUCCAGUUCCGUUUACCAGUUCGGCUUGCGGUUUCGUCGCCCGGUAUCGUCGCGAACCGGUGGAAACGCGCGCGGAGACGCCGGAAUCUCCGGUGCGAUUUUGUGCGAUUGGUAACGCGAGUGUUGUGUUCAACAGGUGUUGAUAAGUGCCGCGAUUCUGGUGACUAGUGACUGGUGAUUGGUGAGGAAGAGACCGGUUUUGGGGUGGCCGACCCUCUAUCGGAAGAAGGAAAUCACUGAGAGCUUCAGGAAAAAGUGAGUCGGUGAACUUUUGAGGAGGCCACAGGAAACCGUGACUAGGCCAAUGAUCCUGCUCGUCUGCAACCACGACCACAGGACGAGGCGGCCUUUGGAGUUUGGCAGCGGCCGCCGACGCGAUGGCCUCGGGAGGUGAGACCGCCCUCCGAAGAUCCCUUCUAAGGGCCGUCAAACACCGCCGCAAUGGAUCCGCCAUGGGCCCGAUCCGAAAGCGCCACUGUUUCAUAUUUCUCUGUUCACUCGCAAUCGUGACAAUAUACCACGUCCAGAAAGAAAUAUUCCGUCCAAGACUAGAAAAACUGGUGUAUUACGAGGGCACCGAGUCACCGGAGGAAAGCGUAACCUGCCGAUUUCCAAUUUUACAUCCGUUCGAGAAGUCCAUCCUUCACUUAAUAAGUGUGGCCCCACCCGUAAGGUGCCCGCAGCGGAACUUGGUCCUAACGCAGAUCGACAGGGACGGUCGACUAGGUUUCAACCGGACGGCCCUGCAGCUUCUGGGCUACGAUGAGGAUGCAUCGAGUUUGGACUGUUACUAUCAGGAGAUCAGCCGGGCUCCCGAGGAUGACUUCAAUGUCAUCUACGGCGAGAAGGUGCCCCUCACAGACACCCACAUCCCCACCGAGGACUUCAUCUAUGUCGAGUGCGAUCACAGACUCACCAGGAUACCCGUCUACAGGAAUUUCCAUGCCUACGCCAGGAGACACCCCAGUGUGCGCCGCUUCAAGGGCUGGCCCUUCAUCUGGAACGAGUUUCGGGAAGCUGGCGCAGCGACGAUAUACGCCGAGGACCUACCGGAGUUCAACAUGUUCGACUAUUUGGCCAGCGGGAUCAAAGAGCAGCCGACUUUGCAUUACAUGCGGACCUUCUGGCUCGCCGUCGAAGCCUCCUUCUUGUACAAAACUAGCGCAACCUACUGCCUCGGCCCCACGCCCAAACAUAUCAUCUUCUUCGACUACCUCCUGUCUUUCCUGCGAGCCUACAAAGACUCCCCUGUUUUCAUGUUCUCCUUGUUCAACGAGCUUAGCCACGAUUACGUCAACACUGUCGGGGCGCUAGACGGCGACCUGACGGCCCUGCUGCGAACCGGCCUGGAAGAGGGUUUGUUCAACCGGUCGGUGGUGAUAGUGCUGGGCGACCACGGGAACCGGAUCGACCCCAUCCGGGUGACGUUCGUCGGGCGGAUCGAAGACCGGAUGCCCAUGGUCUCCGUUGUCGUCCCCGAGUGGUUCCCCCGGGUCUACCCCGAGUGGAAAACCCGCCUCGCCCGCAACCGCAAGCGAUUCACUGCCUCCCACGACCUCUUCGCCACCUUCCGCGAUGUUCUCGCCACCCUCACUCACGACCCCAAUACGCUGAAUAGGAAUGAGAGAACGCCGGCGGAAAAUCAAGAGUUCCUGUCUCUGCGACACCUCUUGGGGCCGUUGCGGACGGAGGCUCCUCACCUGUUCGACUUCUUCACCCAGGACACCCACGGGAUCUCUCUCUUCCAGACGAUCCCCGAGGACAGAGACUGCCCGGCGGCCGGUGUCCCUCCCAUUUUCUGCACCUGUGAGGAGAACAAGAAAGAUGUCGACGUCGACGACGCCCAAUGCCACGACGCAGCACAGAAAGUCGUGGACCAUUUCAACUCGGUGGUGCUUCGGAACCUGACGACGCUGUGCGCGCGGCAGACGCUGAAGCAGGUGAUCUUCUGCCGGCGGUCGCCGAGUCUGGCGAUGGACCUGACGAUUGCGACGGAGCCCGGCGGUGGGAUCUUCGAGGCGACGACCAGCCGCCAGGGACUUGGACCGGACAUCCCGCGCAUCAACACCUACGGCUCGCAGGCCAACUGCCUCCCCAGAGCUACCCUCGCAGCCGCCCCCAUCCUUAAGGGGGUCUGCUACUGUGUCUGAACGGCGGCACCUUGGACACCUGCGGGCCAAUUAUUGAAAUUGAUAGACAAAGCUAUAGACAAAGAGGACAUCGGGAGUAUAGAGCGAUCCUAUUGGGUGAAAUGGGUAGUUCCUAUAGACUGAAGGAGAAAAU